GCCUUUUUGCCUGAGUGUUUAGGGAAGAUGAAUAGCUGAUAUGUUCUUUUAGAUAAUUAUUUCGCACUUUGCAGUCCUGUGGCAUUUGCCCAAGGCUUAGUUUGAGGCGGCUGGGACUGAUUCCUGGCAAAAUACUGGUGAUGUUCACUACAAAUGAGGAAUUAAUUUCUAGUUACCUAAUCCGGGAAUGCUCUCGCUUCCCGUUUUAUGAAUUCAGUUUUCCACUGUGGUCCUGUCAGCCACUGAAUCAGUCCUUUCCUUAGCUGCAGGAGCAUCUGUGGCUUGAAAAGGACAUGAGGGGUUGAAGGAAAACUUGGGGAGCAGUGAACUCCCUUUAGCCCUGCAUCUGACCCUGCACAAGUGCUCUGAGCAGAGGCGCUCAGGUGAAACGUGUUUGAGUGGACCACAGGGAUGGAGCUCAGAGCCACCUGGAGCUCCUCAGUGACUGAGUGUGGGACAAGCUGUGCUCAGUGACGAGUCUACAGCUGUCUGAGGCUGCCCUUAAGGGAGGAGAGGGUUUAUUACAGAGCUUCCCAGAGGUGGGGCUGCUUCCCCAGGGGUGACGAGGCUGUGCUGUGCCAGGCUGGGUGCUGCAGGAGCCCGGCAGAGCAGGUAACCCAAGCCAUGGCUGCCAGCAAGCUCCAUCGCUCCGUGGAGUCCUCCAGAAGCCCUGAUGGGUUCCAGGGCAAAGCGGUGUCACCUCGUCAUCAGCUGGUGGCCGAGGCAGAGGAGCCUGUGACACUGACUCCCUCUGCCUUCCUGAAGGAGAUGUCCCUCAGCACCCAGCAGAGGCUGGCUGCCACCGCUCGGGACACGCGCCGGCCACACAUUGUCCAGCUUCUGGACAUGAGCGAAACCUCCCAUCAAAAGUUCUCAGCAGUUGACCUGGAUCAGAGCUUGUUCCAGCCUUUCCCCUCGGAGGUGGUGUUUCAGAGCUACGUCCCCUGCGAGGUCUACGAGGUGCCGCUGGUUCUGAGGAACAACGACAUGGUACCUCGGCUGGUGAAGGUCGUCCUGGAGAGCUCACCUUAUUUCAAGCUGAUCAGCCCCACUGACGUGUGCCGUAAGGUGGCACCUGGCAUGCCUUCCACCUUCCACAUCCUGUUCACCCCUGAGGAGAACAAGGAUUACUUCCAUGAGCUCACCUGCAUCACGGAGAGGGAGAAGUUCAUUGUGCCUAUCCGAGCCAUCGGUGCCCGAGCUAUCCUGGACUUCCCCGACCAGCUCAACUUCUCGGUCUGCCCGGUCAAGCACAGCACCCAGAGAACUCUGCUGGUUCGCAACAUCGGGAACCGGGAGGCCCGCUACCACAUCAGCACCCAGAGCCCCUUCUCUGUUGAUCCCUCCGUUGGGACUCUUGGGAUUGGUGACACCAUGCAAGUCACGGUGGAAUUCCACCCGCUGAAGACCGGGGACCAUUCCAGCUCCCUGCAGGUUCACUACGACACAGGUGAAGAUGUUCACACAAGCCUUUAUGGAGCAGCUGUAGACGUCAACAUCAGGCUGGACAGGAACUCCUUGACAAUGGAGAAGACUUACCUCACGCUGGCAAACCGCAGGUCGGUCGUCAUCCACAAUCGGAGUGAAAUCAUAGCCCACUUCCAGUGGAAGGCUUUCGUUACUCAGGAAGAGGAGGAUCAGCACAAGAUGAGGCUGUGUGGCAGGCUGCAGCAGCAGGAGGAGGGCGAGAUGGAUCGCUUCAUCGAGGAGUGCGCCGUGGACCCCACUCUGCGAGAGCGCCUCAGCGUGCUGUCCCGCAUCUUCCACAACGAGCGGGCCAAGGUGCGGGGGGACUCCAUGCUCUUCUCCGACAACAUCUUCACCGUCGAGCCAGUGGAGGGAGACAUCUGGCCAAACUCCUCAGCCGAAAUUAAUGUCAUCUUCAAACCCCGGGAAGCUCGAGUCUACCAGCAGACCAUCUUCUGCGACAUCUCAGGCCGAGAGACCAGGCUGCCCCUGCGUGUCAAAGGGGAAGGCGAAGGGCCCAAGCUGCGCUUCAGCUUUGACCAGCUUGACAUCGGGAAGGUGUUCGUAGGAUCAGCCCACAGCUACGAGGCGGUCCUGUUCAACAAAGGAGCCAUCGAUGCCCUCUUUAACUUGAUGCCUCCCACUACCGCUCUGGGCUCCUGCUUCACCUUCCUCCCCCGGGAGGGCAUCCUCAUGCCGGACGAGCUCCAGGUCAUCCACAUCUCCUUCAGCUCCACCAUCCUGGGCCAGUUCAGUGAGGAGUUCAGGUUCAGCGUGUACGGCUCUCCUGAGCCUGUGACCUUGACCAUCAGGGGCUGUGUCAUCGGGCCGACCUUUCACUUCGAUGUGCCAUCCCUCCGCUUCGGCGACGUCCCCUUUGGCUUUCCUCGCACCUUGUCGUGUCGGCUCAGUAACACCUCCCUGGUGCCCAUGACGUUCAGCCUCCGCAUUCCGGGGGACGGCUCUGGAGCCCCCAGCGUGAGCAGUUUUGUCCAGAUGUCGGACAACACCCGCCUCUCCUGGAGAAAGGGAGCUCACGGUGACCUCAAGCCCAGCGAAUUUACCAUAACGCCCUGCAGAGGAACCGUCCGCUCCCAGGGACUGCUGGAUAUCCAGGUCACGCUGUGCUCCAACACCGUGAGGCAGUACGAGCUGGCGCUGGUGGUGGAUGUGGAUGGCGUUGGCAAGGAGGUGCUGGCACUCCUCCUCACAGCCAGGUGCGUUGUUCCUCCGCUGCGAGUGCUCAACCCCAUGGUGAAGUUCGGGCGGUGCUUUCUGAAGCAUCCCUACCAGCAGGAGCUCACCCUUGUGAAUGACAGCGACGUUCCUGGCUGCUACGGGCUCCUCCCGCAGGAGCACAAGGAGGGUGCUGCCGUGUGGUACUCCAGCCCCGCGCCCUGCGGGAUCAUCCAGCCCCGCAGCUCGGUGCAGGUCCCGGUGGUGCUGGCAGCCCAGGUGACAGGGGAGCAGUGCACGGCCGCUGAGCUGGCGGUGUUUGGGGGAGAAGGAGCCCCUCUGAAAAUCCAUUUAGUGAGCACCGGAGAAGGCCCCGUAGUCUACGUGCGUCCGAGUAAGAUAGAUUUUGGCAAUAUCCAAGUUCUGCAAGAUGCUACCCGAAUUCUCAACCUCUCCAAUCAGGCGGUCAUCCCUGCAUCGUUCUGGGCAGAGAUGGUGGGCGAGGGCUCGCGCUGGAGGAUCGAACCCAGUCGAGGCGAGAUCCCCGCCGGGACCGAGGUGUCCGUGGCCGUCAUCGCCAACCUGGACGACACGGAGAAAUUCAAGGACAAGGUGAAGCUCUGCAUAGAGAACAGCAACACCUACGUGAUCCCCGUCCAGGCGGUGGGCACUGGCACCACCAUCGUCACCGACAAACCCUUCGCACCAGCGCUCACCCUGGGGCCGCACUUCAGCUUGAGUCCUUGCUGUUACCACUUCAAGAUAACGAACAAGGGAAGGCGAACCCAUCAGCUCUACUGGACAACAGAAGGCUUUGCCCCGUUUCGCCAGCAUGAUCGUCUCCCUGCUAUCGGUAACGCCAAGGGCAAAAACUCCUCCCAGAGACCCCAGCCCGCAUCUCCCGUGUUCAAGCUUCGGCCACUGAGGAUGGAGCUGAUGCCAGGCAGGAGCAUGGAGAUGAUGCUGGAAGGCUCCUCCAGCACUCCAAAGGUGGUGACGGAGCGGCUGCUGUGCCACGCCAUCAUAGGCAGCAAGGCAGGGAAGGCACAGAUAAUGCAGGUGGACGUCACAUGCGAGUUCGUGGCUCCCGUCCUGCAGUUCUCCUCCAGGGAAAUCACUUUCCGGGUGGAGAAGCAACCCAGUGAUGUCCUAACUCUGCAGUACAAGCCUCUUCAUUUAAAAAACAUCUCCUCCCUGCCGCUCAGCUUCAUCUUGCUCUUGGACCAUCCCUUCCUGAUCUGCGAUGCAGAGCAGCAGCCCCUCUCGGCGGGUGUUGAGCCGAUGAAGCUGGGGGUAGGGGAGGAACUUCACCUCUCCGUCAGAUUUGACCCUGCGUACAAGCAGGACCUGAAUAUCCGCAUAGCAGAGAAGGCCCUGAAAAUACAGUUUCUCGAGCACCCCCAGGAGGAUCAGGUUACUGUUCGGGGAGAGGUCUACUUCCCAAACCUCCACAUCCAGACCAUGGCCCUGGACUUUGGCUGCAUCUUGAACGACACCGAAGACGUGCGUUAUGUCGAGAUGACCAACUGCAGCCCGCUUCUGGUGCGGUACCGCUGGGCCUUCCUGACGGGCAGCCACACCAGCCAGAUGAGGUUCAGCCCUCCAGUACCUAAAUAUUUCAUCCAACCUGAACCACCGCAGGAGGAGGGAGCCACGGUGGAGCCCUCAGCAUCCACAGAGAGCAUCUGCGGGACCGUGGGUGUGGAGGAGCCAGCCCAGGCCAUGGGAGCAGCAGAAGACCCUGCCCAAGAGCCAGCAGAUGCAGAUGACUCGCUGGAGGCAGAGCUGCUGCCAUCUGCUGCCGAGGAGCUGGCAAGUGCUGCGGAGUCUCAGAGCCAGGUGGAGAUCAGGGACCUGAUGGAGUUUGCGGAGAGCGAGCCCCUCGCCUUGGGUGUGGAGGAGGUCUUUGACAUCCUGCCUCUGUACGGCGUGCUGCAGCCCGGCGAGAGCCAGCGGGUCACCGUCACCUUCUUCGGCCACGCCAACCUGGUGGCCCACGUCACGGCGCUGUGCGAGGUGGAGGGAGGCCCGACCUACGAGGUGGCGCUCAGCGGGGAGGCCUCGCUCCUCAGCUACCUCUUCGACAUCAGAGAGAUCGACUGCGGGCUGCAGCUCUUUAACGAAGUCACGGAAGCCGAGCUCACCCUGCAGAACAGCGGGAAGGUGGGAUUCAAGUACCAGGUGCUGAGCCCCAGCACGGCCCCCGCAGACAGCCCUCUGCCCGGCGUGCCCCUGGUCCUGCCCAGCACGGGUUACAUCGGACCUGGCAAAGAGCAAGUAUUGAAAAUCUCCUACCUGCCGGGAGUGCCUGGAGUCUUCUGCAAGACUUUCCAGAUCCAAGUGGGUCACCUGGAGCCAGAGAAAUUCACCCUGAAAGGAGAGGGGAGCUUUCCCAGGAUCUACUUGGAUCUGCCCAGGAAUAUCAAAGGGCACGAGAAAUAUGAGAAGGUCCUCAAGGAGGCGAAAGAAAAGAUGGAGAAGGAUGAACAGAGAGAUGAAGCCCUUGUCCUGGGGGAGACCACAGCCACUGAGCUGCCCGUGGAUGACUCAAGCACGGUGCUCGACACGCGGCUGCAGAUGCGGUUGGAGGAGAUGCUCAUAGAGGAACACGCCUUGGAGCAGCAGGAGCUCAUCGCCUCCUGUCCCCCCGAGGAUGCGGUCUUUGACCAGCGUGCUCGUCGGAGGCUCCUCAGAGCCCAGCUGCCCGAGUACAUCCUGGACUUUGGCUACGUCGUUCUCGGUAACAUCCCCACGCACAUCGUGAAGGUCACCAACACCGGGCAGUUCCCAGUGUCCUUCCACGCAGAUGGACGGGUCCUGCGUGACACAGGUUUCACUGUGGAGCUGGACCGUGUGAGGAACCUGCCGUACUGCGAGACCGAGACGUUCGAGGUGCGCUUCGACCCGCAGAGCGCCAGCGUGCCACUGGGAGCAGUGGACGUGCUCCUGCCCAUCAAGGUAGCGGGAGGCCCCACGUUUCACAUCUGCCUUCGUGCCACGGUGACUUUGCCGUCCCUCAGCCUCUCCAGGGACAGGCUGGAGUUCUGCAGUGUGCAGUGUGGGCAGUGUCGGGAAGAAACCAUCCAGCUCCACAAUCAGUUCCAGGUCCCCUGUAAAUGGCACAUCACCAUAACGGAGCCUAUUAAGAAGGUGGACAAGCAUUUGCCAGCAAGCGUACGUCGGAAGCUGCAGCAGGAGGCGAAGGCCAAGCCCUGCGUCUUUGAGGCACUGCCCUUGGCUGGAGACCUCGCGCCGGGGCAGCGAUGCAACGUGCGGGUCAGGUUUUCACCCACAGAAGAGAGAUCCUACAGAAGCGAGCUGAAGGUUAACAUCUGCCAGAGCAGCCAGCACUUCCAGCUGCCGGUCUCGGGGCACGGGCUGGAGCCACAGCUGGAGUUCAACCCCCCGGUGCUUGAGCUGGGACCAGUGCUGCCGUACAGCAGCGGGGCGGAGGGGACAGUGGUGGUGAAGAACCCGUGUGAGUUCCCCAUCGAGUUUUACUCCCUGGAGUUCGACCAGCAGUACCUCGCCGAGGAGCAGAUUCUGCGGGUGCUGAAGGAGUACGAUUGCCACAACACCCUGCUGCUGCCUCCGCGUGCCCCUGGCGAGAAGCUGCCCCCAGAGGUGCUGGAGUACUACCAGGACCAGAAGAGGCUGCAGGAUGAGCAGGGGAAGCCCAAGCCUGGGGAACCAGCAGGCCAGGACAAUGCAAAUGCUGAAGACAUCCAAUCUCUCUCAGACCAAGGAGGGAAGUACUCUGCUGGGAUCGUGCACACCAUCUCAUCCCACAGCUCCAUCAUUCCCUUCUCCAUGUUUGAUGAAAACCAGUCCACCAAGGUAGACUCUAAAUCUGAAUUGGGAGAAGAGGAGGCGGAAGGUCUUGAGAAAAGGCGCUGGACAGAGCACUGGCAGAGCACCAGCAGCAAGGAUGCUGCAGGAGAGCUGGACGACAGCCCCGUCUGCAGGGCCAUCGCCCGCCACCUCGGCCUCGACAUCUCUGCAGAAGGCCGUGCAGCCCAAAACCGCAGAGGGAUCGUCAUCAUCAUCCACGGGGCACCCCUGACGGGAAAGACGUCGGCAGCAGUGGCCCUCUCCAGACGCUACGGCGCGGCCUGCCUGACCAUCGACUCGGUGGUGACCGAAGCCAUCUCUGACAGGAGCAGCUCGGCCGGGCUCCGUGCGCGGGAGCUGUGCCUCAGGGCAGCCUUAGAGCAGAGCCACAAGGAGACGGAGGACGCCGGUAAGGCCUCAGAAAGCUGCCCCAGCCACCCGCUUCUUCUUCCUCUCCUGAAGUAGAAGUUUGCCAGCCCACGGCUCUCCCAGGCCACGAGCCAGUCCAGCUCUGGGGACAAAGCCAGCCAGCACUCCAUCGGCUCCCGCAGCCGGGCGAGUGCAGCAACAGGCAAGAGGAAGAUGGAUGGACACGGGUCCCAGUCCCAGAAACAGCAGCACGCGGACCUGGCAGGCUCACGGGGCUCCUCCAGUUCUCACCUCGUCUCGCUGCUUCCCUGCUUUCCUUCACAGCAGUGGCUGAGCGUCGGCGGCAGCGGUGCAGGAGAGAUGGGUUUGAUGAGCUGCGUGCUUCCCGAGGACUUGCUGGGGGCCAUCCUCUCGGAAAGGCUGCAGCUGAGUGACUGCUACCAGGGAGUGGUGUUUGAUGGCCUGGAGACCCUCUUUGCAGGCAGCAUAGCAUCUGCUCUCAUCUGCCUGCUCAAAGCUGCCAGAAACCGGCCUCACAUCUACUUCGUGAACCUCUUCCAGGAUUAUGCCUCUUUGAAAGCCAGAGAGGCGGCUGCAAAAGAGCAGGAAGAACGGGAGCAGGAGGAAGCUGCCAGGAGGGAGAAAGCGCGCCUCCAGGAGAUGGAUGAGGAGGAGUACGAUGCCCUCACGGAGGAGCAGAAAGCUCAGUUUGAUGACAGUAUACUACAAGUCCAGCGUGAGAGGAAGAAGAGGAAGAUGGAGCGGCUGGCUCGAGAGCUUGAGGAAAAGCUCAAGCAAGAACUGGAACGCUUGAGGGAGGAAGAAGAGAUGAAGAAGAAGUCCAGGCGGGGGAAGAGAGAGCUUGGGAAAGAAAAAGACAGUGCCUUGGGGAAGAAAAGCCAGCACGGAGGCAGACAGAAUUUGACCACCUCCACCAGCAACACCAACGUGUCCACCAGCAACCGCUCGGACAUCAACGAAGGGGCAGACAAGAAGGGGCACCUGGACGCUGUUGCAGGUGACAAGGAAGAUAAGAAAAAGCGGAGCAAGGUUCCCCUGACGGAUGGCAGCACGGGGGCAGCUGUGCAACCCCCAAAAGCUGAACAAGAGGAAGCCAAGCAGAAGACCAUGAGCGAUAGCGAGAAGGUCUUGGCCAGGAGGUUUAAGAUCUAUGAGGCAUCACAGAAAGACGUCGCGUAUAUUUUGUCAUCCUGGGACAGGGCUCAGGGCAUUCUGCUGUCCCUUCUGAGCCACGAGGAGGCAAGGCACCCAGCAGAAGACCAGCACCCGCCUCUCUCCAGCCGUAAGAGCCGUAAAGACAGAGAGAAGGAGCGCCAGGAGAGGCUGGAGAAGGAGCGGGCAGAGAGGGAGCGGCUGGAAAAACUGAAGGCAAUCGAGAGCAGGUUUUCUGGGCCGGAACGGGAAGGUGCAGACUCAUCAGCCAAGGGCCAGGAUGUCGGGGUGCCUUGCUUGGACAUCCAGGUGCUGAGCGCAGAAGAUGCUACGGGGAAGAUCCUGGAGAGUGGCAAGCUGCCCACGGCAGAGGAGAUCCUGGAUAGCCUGGGACUGGGUCCCUCGGGGCCUCCCAUUCCUCCUACCACAUUUUACUCGGUGAUCCGCUACCCGGAGAAGCGGGUGGCCCCUGCAGGAGAAGCCCUCAAGCACUUCAUCUUCGUGGCACCAGAAGGUGCGGUGGUGGAAGAAGAGAAGAAGGAAACGGAGAGCCUCAUGGAUAUUCCCAUCGUGCUCACUGUGAAGGCGUCGGAGGAGCAGGUCACCCCCACCAGAGGCCGAUCGAGGAAAGAGAAGGCUGAGGGCAUCCGGGAGGCUCUAAAAGAGAGGCGGAGCUCUGUCCGGAGCAAGAAACAUCCCCAGGGACUGGGCACGGGGGCACCACCACCACGUCCCCCUGAGGUGGACCAAAGCAGCGUGGACUUGGGCCCACCUCUGGGGAAGCCCCUCAGGCUGAAUAGCUUCCGGUGGAUCGUGCCUGCCCGUGGCCAGGCUGAACUGAAGGUACACUUCAGCUCCACGGUGCUGGGCCAGUUUGACCAGACGCUGAAUUUUGAGAUCCUGGGGACAAACCGACUGCACCAGCUGCACUGCAGGGGCACCUGCCUGUACCCCACCAUCAGCCAGGACCCACGGCUGGUGUUUCCUCACCGGAGGAAGAGCAAGGCAGAUGGUGACAUUGUUUUCAAGCAGUACAUCAUGAGCACGGGCGUAUUCCACUUCGGGCCGCUGCUCUGCGGGAAGUCCAGAGACUGGUACAAGGCACAGAACUACCCCAGCAACUGCGAGAAGAUAACCAUCCUCAACACCACCUCCUUGGAAGCAGAGGUGCAUUUCUUCUUUGAGCACGACCUCAAAGCAGACACGUUCCUUUUGGACCCCCCCAGCAUGACGCUGAAACCCAACGAGAAGCAGGAGCUGAGCCUUUGGGCGUACCCCACGUCAGCUGGCCUCAUUGAAGACAAACUCGUGUGCUGCGUUAAGGAGAACCCGGAGCCGGUGGUCUUCCCCUUGUGCUGCCAGGGGGUGCGGGUGGAGCUGGGGGUCAGCCCCAAGCAGGUGCACUUCGACAAGCUGCUGCUGCACAGGAGGGACAGCAAGAAGCUGGUGCUGCGAAACUCCAACCCGCUGCCCGCAGCCUGGAGGCUCAGCGGGCUGGAAAACCUCGGCGAGGACUUCUCGGUGUCGCAGGAUGAAGGUGUGGUGGGGCCCUGCACGGAGCUGGAGGUGUACCUGCAUUUCAUGGCCACCAAGGCGCUGAGCGUGAAGAAGACCAUCCGGCUGGAGGUUUCAGAUGCAGAGAACAUCCUGGGGAUUGUUCAGAUUGAAAAUAUCCAGAUCCACGCGGAGGCCUAUGAUGUUGCCCUGAGCAUCACCAUCUCUAAAGGUACAGACGGCAACGUGGAUUUUGGAGUCCUUAAGGUGCUGGAUGAUACAAAGCAAGCACUGACCCUGAAGAACAAAGGGAAGUAUGAGAUCGCGUACAGCUUCAAGAUAGAAAAUGCAGAUACCAGCAUCCCAGACUUGGCAUCCCACUUCUCUAUCCAGCCACAAAAGGCAGUGCUGACCGUCUCUGAGCGCCCCGUGCAGGUCCAGCUGCUCUUCCACCCCAAGGCAGAAAUAAGCAUCGAGGACAAACCCAUCCUGAAGUGCCAGGUGAUUGAGCCCAGCCUCCGCGAUGGAGGGGAGGCCAUCGCCAUCAUCCCCGUGCGGGUGUCUGCCAAAGCUGUGUUCAGCAAGUACAGCAUCACCCCGGCCUCGCUCAUCAACUUCGGCGCCCUGGUCAACGGCACCAAGAAAACCUGCGCCAUCACGCUGGAGAACAGAGGCAGCCUCGACUUUAAGUUCCUCGUCUGCAGAGCGGACCAGGAUGUGUCUGGGCUGGCAAGGAAAAGCGCCCAUUACAAGAAAUCCAACCACUCCCAGGAGAAUGAAAACGUGGGCAAGGUGAUAACCUCUGCGAAGCAAAGCAAGCAGUCCCUGCAGAAGGAGACGAACACCUCCAUGCAGGCUCGCUUCACUGUGGGCAUGUUCACGGUGUACCCCGGCUUCGGCUCCAUCCAUCCAGGGGACGAGCAGACAAUCACGGUGGAUUGCCACGCGGAGCCACUUGGGCCAUGCGAGGAGCACCUCUCCAUCGAUAUCAGCGACAGGGACCCCCGGGACAACCCCCUGGGCAUCCCCUAUACCCUGCUGGCUGAGUCCUGCCUCCCAGCGUUUGUGGCUGACGACGUAGGGUCCAUCUUUGAGGAACACCGCAUCUGCAGCAACACCAACCUCUGCCAGAUCCUGCAGACCGUGCAGGACAAGGGCGUGUUCAUCACAGACGAGAACAAGUUCAUCUUCACCAACGUCCUGGUUGGGCACCGGGCCACUGCUCGCUUCAAGAUCCGCAACGUGGGCAAAGUCCCCUGCAACGUGGUCCUCUCCAUCAGACCCAUCUCUGGUAAGCCCAACAGCCGCAUCAGCGAUGUUUUCGAGGUGGACCCCGUCCAGAUGUGCGUGCCCAGCCGCUCCCACGCCUUCGCCACGGUGACCUUCACUCCCCAAACCAUGCAGAGCUACCAGUGCACUUUUGAAGCUUCACUUGAUGCCCAGACAAGCCCUGCAGCAAUUAAAGCCCAAAGCCUGACGUUUGAUAUCAGUGGAGAGGGAAAUCUGCCUCGGGUCACGGUCCUGCGCCCGGUCCUUCACAGUAAGGGAGGGAACCCUCUGCUCCUCUUCAAGAAGCUGCUGCUGGGUGACUCCGAAAAGCUCCCUCUGGUCCUUCAUAACGCCGGCGGUGUACCCGUCCAGGUGAUGAUAGAUCUGUUGGACGAAGGGGGAGUUUUCUUCCUGAGAGCCAGGCCAACCACGCAGUGCAUCUACCAGGCUGCAGGGACGAAGCCCCACACCGCUUCCCUGGUCCUGCACCGUGGGGAAUCAGCAGAGUUUGACGUGCUUUUCAAACCCAGCCUGCCCCAGCGCGUGGAAGGGAAGAUCCACCUGUCCGUGGUGGACAACCCCUACGAAGAGACCAACAUUCAGCUGGUGGGUGAAGGCUACGAGGAUGACUUCACGAUAGACAACAUCCACGGACUCGUGGCAGACAGCGCUGAGGAGAGCCCUGAGGAGAGCUCUGAGGGCGAUCUGGAGGAGGACACAAUUGAAGCUGUCAGAGCAGAUCACAUCCAGUUCGGGGACUGUCACAUUGGGAAGCCCUACCAGGCCACCUUCACCAUCACCAACCGCAGCCGGGCGGAGGCGAUGCGGUUCGAGUGGCCGGCAGGCCCCCCGUUUCACUUCUCCCCCCAGGUGGGACACCUCCAUGCUGGCUGCACUAAGGACAUCACAGUGACCUUGAAAUCAGACGUGGCAGUCACCUUCAGAAGGCAGCCUGUGAGGUGCAAGGUGGCCAGGAUCGCCUUCCAGCUGCCACCGGAGCAGGUCACCGACUGGGACGACCGCCUGCGCACCGUCAAGUGGGUGGAUACCACGAGGGGCCAGGCAGCCACAUGGCCUGUCAAGAAGAAGGUGAUUGAGACAGACCCAGAACCAGCACACAGCCUCCUGGAGAGGAGCAGCCGCGAGGUGGAGCUUCGCCUCAGCGCUGUCGUCGAUUACGCCGACUUCAAGCUGGAUACGGACGCAAUUCAUUUCAAGGAGACCUUGCUCUUCCAGACGAGGACAUUCACUUUCCAGCUGUCCAACACAGGGAAUGUGGCCCUGGAAUACACCUGGAUGGAGGACGUGGGGGAUGAAAGGGCAGCGAGCCCAGCUGGGGAGCUGCUCCUCACCACCCUGAAAGGGCAUUUCGUCUCCUGUGCUUCUGGUGUCUCCGAGAAGCUUCAGCCCAGCCAGCGGGGCUGCUCUCUGGGGCACGACUCGUCCUCCCUGAGCUCGCCCCCGAGCACCGUCUGCGCCACCUCGUUCUUCUCUGUCGAGCCCCGCAGUGGCACCAUCCCUGCCGGCCAGGAGCAGCCCUUCCAGAUGAAGUUCUCCCCGGUGUACGUGGGGGACUUCGAGAGCCGCAUGCUCUGCAGUAUUCCCAACCUGAAGCCGAAUCAGAAGGGCCCAGAAGUGAUCGUGAAGGGGAGAAGCCAGAUGCCAUUUUGCCACUUCGAGCUGGAAGACUCCGACUACAUCACUGCAGAAAGGCGCAGCCCCGAGCUGCAGAACCCGAAGGGGACAACGCUGGGUCUCAACACGAGGGUGGUGGAGUUUGCAGCAAUUGGUGUGUGUAGCAGGAACAGCAGGACCUUCAUGGUUAUGAACCCAACCAGUUCCGCCUACUCCUUCCAAUGGACUUGCCAAGACCCUGUAGCUCCACCAGAACAGACAGCUUUCUUCUGCCUCACAGAGAGAGGGCAGAUCCAGCCGGGGAAGAAAACAGAGAUGAAGUUUGAAUUCAUCCCUCAGCAUCUGGACAUCACAGAGUCAUUCUGGGUCUUUACGAUCCCCGAGCAGAGCGUUUCGGUCCCGUUCCUGCUGGUGGGCAACACCACCGACCCGCUGGUGACUCUGGACAGGUCCCACCUGAACUUCCACUUGCUGUUAGUCGGACACAAGGUUCACCAGACCAUCUAUAUGAUCAACAGUGAGAAGGAAGCCUUCAGCUUUGCCUUCAGAGAAAGCUCUCUCUUCUCAGAGGGAUGCAACACCUCCGUGAAAAUAGAGCCCCUGGAAGGCUCCAUCGCUCCCCUUUCAAGGCUUCCCAUUACAGUCUCCUUCACACCCACACUGGAAGGAGAGGUGGUCUUCAACCUCAAGUGUGAUGUCAAGAGGAAGACGGAGCCCCUCUGCUUGAAUAUCAAGGCCAGUGGCUACAGCACGAGCGUGUCCGUCAGGUAUGAGCAUGGCGACGGCCGCAGCACCGAGCUCAGCACGCAGGACAUCAACAUCAUUGAUUUUGAGGAGGUGCAGCUGAACGAGAGCACCAAGUGCGUCUUCAGCAUCCACAAUAGCGGAAAAUUCGGCUUCAGCUUCUCGUGGGAGCUGAGCGGCCCUGCAGCCCGACUGCAGCACCUCACCCUUGCCCCUCAGACGGGCAACGUGCAGGCUGAGAGCAAAGUGGAGACCCAGCUGGUUUUCCACCCGCUGAAAAUGUGCUCUUUAAAGGACGUGGAGCUGACGCUGCAGAUCAGCCAGGGUCCCACGUUUACCUGCAUGUUCCUGGCCACCGUGGUAGUGCCCGCCGUCCACUUCUCUGCCACCAGACUCAACUUUGGAGCCUGCUUUGUCUACCAGGCUGGGAUGCCACCUGCCCAGCAGACCCUCGUCAUCACGAACAAAGCAGACAGGGAUGUCAGCCUGAGCUGCCUGUUCGAAGGCACCGCGCACCUGGAGGUGGGCUGCCCAGCGUGCAUCCUUCGCCCGGGAGGGGCUGUGGAGGUGCCCGUCACUUUCUACCCCAGAGAGGUUGCAUCUUACCAGGAGCUCAUCCGUUUUGAAAUCAAUGGCCUUUACCACCAGACUGUGGAGAUCCAAGGAAGGGGCACGGAAAUGAAGGUUGAUGUUGUGGAACCACAAGGCAAGGUGGUGAAGCUGGGAGCCCUCUCCAUCGGGCAGACGGUGAAGAAGUCUGUCACCAUAGCAAACAACAGUCUCGCCCCGCUCACUUUCAAGCUCAGCUUCAAGUCCUCUGAGCCAGAGCUGCAAGAACACGGGGUUCUCUGCUUGCACCCCACCGGCGAACUGAAUCUGAAGCCCAAAGGAGACACCUGUAAAGUGGAGGUGGUUUUCUCCCCAAAGCGCCGCAUCCAGCCGUUCGCUGGGGAAGUGAUGCUGGAGAGCAAGGGGCUGGCGCGCUCCCUCUUCAUGGUGCGGGGCUCCUGCCAGGGCAUCCACGUCAGCCUGGACCAGGAGCACCUCAACUUCGGAGCGGUGCUGCAGCAGAGCCAGGCGUCGCAGCGCAUCGUCAUGCAGAACACGGGCGACAUAGGAGUCAAGUUUAGGUGGGACGUCAAGAGCUUCAAGCCCGAUUUCUCCAUCAGCCCCACGAAGGGGUACAUCUCCCCAGGAAUGGACGUCCCCUUCGUCGUCAGCUUCCACCCCUCGAAGCCGAGCCUGGCUAUCCAGUACGAGGGGCUGCAGUGCUUCAUCCAGGGCAGCGAGCCGCUGCGGCUUACGCUGGCGGGGUGCUGCCUGGAGGCCCCCGUGAGCAAAGAGACGCUGAUGUUUGCAUGUGACGUGCGUGAGACACACAGCCAGACCGUCCUCCUGUCCAACCCGAGCAACGAGGCCUGCACCGUGAAGCCCAUCAUUGAGGGCGAACACUGGAAAGGGCCUGAAUUCUUCCACCUGGAGGCCAACGAGCAAAACAAGCCCUACAAGAUCACCUACAACCCCCUAACCAUGAGCUCCGACAAAAAGAAGCACCAGGGCUCCAUCUUCUUCCCCUUGCCAGACGGGACAGGUUUGCACUACCUCCUGCAGGGGACCGCUGAGGGCCCCAAGUGUUCAGGGACCAUCGUUCGGGAGGUACCGUGCAGGACCUCCUACACCGAGCUCAUCCCCGUCCACAACUGGCUGAGCAGACCCCAGAGGUUCCUCGUGGUGAUGGACAUCCUCAAACCAGAGAACCUGGAGAGCGGCUCCGUGCUGCGUGGGCUGGAGUACAUCGACGUGCCUGGCUCCGACAAGAAGGACUACAAGCUCACCUUCCUCUCCUACAAGGAGGGCGUCUUUAGCGCGAUGGUGACAUUCCUCAACGAGGUGACCGAGGAGUACUUGUUUUACAUGAUCACUUUCAAGGCCACGGCUCCGGGACCCGUCGGCACCGUUGAAGUGAGCGCUGCUGUGCGGCAGAGCGUGUCUUCUGCCAUCAGGGUGGACAACCCGCUGGCCAUCCCCGUGGUGUUUGACGUCGAUUGCAAAGUGCCUGAGCUCAGCGUGCCCCCACAUUUCUCUGUGCCUGCCCGGGCAGAGGCUGACCUUGUCAUCGAGUACCGGCCCCUGAAGGUGGGUGAGAGCACCGGGCGCCUGACGCUCCACAGCAGCGAUUUGGGCUCGUGCCACUACGAGCUGAGCCUGAAAGCCACCGCCAGCAAGCCGGAGAAGCCCCUCUACUUCUGCACCACGCUGGGCUCCAACCAGACCCUCACCGCCAAGCUCAUGAACUACAGCCGCCAAAGGACAGAGUACAGCCUGCAGACCGACUGCCCCGAUUUCCAGACGGAGAAAGCCAUCAGCAUGCCCCCGGCCGGCGCGGGGGGCUCGGAGGUGUGCGUGGAGGUGACCUACGAGCCCUGCCAGCUGGGCGAGUCCCGGGCCACCCUACGGCUCUCGGGCCCCCCGGGGGGCGACUACAGCAUCCCGCUCUUCGGCCUGGCCCUGCCACCCAAACCCCAGGGCCCCUUCCUCGUCAAGGCCGGCGGCAGCACCUCCAUCCCCUUCAAGAACGUCUUCCUCCAGCCCACGGCCUUCACCUACAGCGUGGAGAACCCGGCCUUCGCCGUCCGGGCCACCGGGACUUUGCGCCCCAAAAAAACCAUCUUCAUGGCCGUCUCCUUCGAGGGCAGCCCGGGUGGUGGCAGGACCCCCGUCAGCAGCCGCCUGGUGGUCUCCUGCCCCCGGGCGGCCGGUGUGGGGUCGGGGGUCUCGUGGGUGUACUACCUGCGGGGCCUCCCCACCGACAAGUGACCGGGGGGACCUCCACAGGGAUGGAGCUGAUUGUGGGGGGCACCGCGGCUAAAGGGGGGGCAU